UUUUGGGUGAGCUCAGAGAGGAACCGGUCUCCCUGCCGGUUCGAGAUUACCCGAGAAGAGAGGAUCCGAUUGUCCCGGAACUGCAAAUCGAUUUCUCUUUCACCGCCUUUAUCCUCCUCUCCUUCCCCCUAGCCUCUGGGUUUGUUUAUGUAGCAUCUGGCAGCCGCUCUACCUUCCGGCCGGUGGCUCGCCCUCCCAUCCCAGCCUCUAGGCUCCCGCACGUGGUAGACACCAGUAUCGUCGCCAGCAGGCAGGAGACAGCCAGCGGGAGGCGGACGCCUGGGUGCCAGCUCCACGCGCGUUCUCGCCAUCCUCACUCAUCCUCCGCGCGCCCUCUCCCACUUGCCUGUAAAGCCCGGUCACACUUGACAUUCACCGCCUGCCAUCCGUCCCUUGACGUGAAGUGGAGAUCGGAAAUACUGCCCUGGGGGUGCUGGUGAUGCUUCGCUGGGUUCGUUCAGUUGCUGGAAAAGAAUGGUAACAUGAACAGUGGAGCGUGAGAGCGUCGGAAGGGGACGAGAUUGAUGGGCUGAGAGCACACUUCUCAUUCCCAGGACUGCACGAGGAAGGGACGUCUGUCUUGGUGCCUGCACUUCCUGGCUGGACACCGCUGACAUCUGUAUGCUCCUUUCAGCCAGGUUCCCAGGUCGCCCAGAUGCUGCCUGCAGAGGAGUGUUCUGACCGCGCAUGAAGAUACAGGAGUUUGUGAACCCCUAUCCAAACAUAGUUCUGACCUGGUUAUGGUGUCCCUGGAUCCUGCCUGACAAGCUGGCUCCCGAGGGAGUUGAACUUGAGUUCAGGUGGGUUAUCCCAAAGCAAGCAAAGAAAAAGCUGUUCGGGGAAGAUAAGGAAGGUGAUGUGCCAAUGUCAAAAGCGAACACUUUUCUUCCAGAUACUUGACUGGACCAAGCCACUCCCUCCCAUUCAGUUCUAGCUUUUAAUCUCCGACUCUACAUCCCGGACCUCCCACACUAAGGGCGGGGGAUGGUGGGCAAACAGUGAUAGAAAAACCCCUCCUAUUUACUGAUAUAUCUAGCAUGCUCUUGACUUCCUCAUAACUUAUUAUUAUUCUAUGAAACGAUUGUAUUUACUCCUCUGCAUUAUAUUAAUGGAGGUCAAUAGACUUAAUGAUUUCCUCAGUUGAGUCGUUUAUUUCUAAGCCAACAGAUAAUACAGUCGUCAUAGUUUUCUGGGGGAAAGUAACUGUGCGUUUGUUCUGCAGAUGGUCAACUCCCUCUGAACCCUGCAGAUUGGUGCUGAGCACACAACAAAAGUUUUUAGCUUCCCUUCAGUUUCUGGUGCUUCCCAGGAAAGAGGAAAGGACUUUGGCUAAACUCAAGAAGCAGUCUGGGAAACAUCUCUAACUUUUCUCCAUUGUUACCAUUUGCAAUGAAGAGGAAACAGAAGAGGUUUCUGCAAAUGACUUUGUUAUUCACUGUGGCUUUAAUUUUCCUGCCCAACAUUGGUCUCUGGUCUUUGUACAAGGAUAAACACCUGGUGAAAUCUGCAGAACCCGCGGAGCAUCAGACAUUUCCACUGGGCCUAGGAGAUGGGCAAUUCUAUUCCUGGACAGAUGGUCUGAGAAGAAAGGAUUGGCAUGACUAUGAGAGCAUUCAGAGAGAUGCUCUGCGCUCAGGGAAAGGUGAACAUGGAAAACCAUACCCCCUUACGGAAGAGGACCAUGAUGACUCGGCUUACAGGGAAAACGGCUUCAAUAUUUUUGUCAGCAACAAUAUUGCUCUAGAGAGGUCCCUGCCAGACAUCCGCCAUGCUAACUGUAAGCACAAGAUGUACCUUGAAAGGCUGCCAAACACUAGCAUCAUUAUUCCAUUUCACAAUGAAGGCUGGACCUCACUCUUGCGGACCAUACACAGUAUAAUCAACCGAACACCAGAGAGUCUGAUAGCAGAAAUCAUUCUAGUCGAUGACUUCAGUGAUAGAGAACACUUGAAGGAUAAAUUAGAAGAUUACAUGGCUCGGUUUUCCAAAGUGAGAAUUGUGCGCACCAAGAAGAGGGAAGGACUCAUCCGGACCCGACUCCUGGGAGCCUCUGUGGCCAGAGGCGAGGUGCUCACCUUCCUGGACUCCCAUUGUGAGGUCAACGUGAACUGGCUGCCCCCUCUCCUCAACCAAAUUGCACUAAACCACAAAACCAUCGUGUGUCCCAUGAUCGAUGUCAUUGACCACAAUCACUUUGGGUAUGAGGCACAAGCUGGGGAUGCCAUGCGAGGAGCCUUCGACUGGGAAAUGUACUACAAAAGAAUCCCCAUCCCUCCAGAGCUCCAGAGGGCUGAUCCCAGCGACCCUUUUGAGUCUCCAGUUAUGGCUGGAGGUCUCUUUGCCGUGGAUCGAAAGUGGUUUUGGGAACUGGGUGGUUAUGACACAGGCUUGGAAAUCUGGGGAGGAGAACAGUAUGAAAUCUCUUUUAAGGUUUGGAUGUGUGGAGGAGAAAUGUUUGACGUUCCGUGUUCUAGAGUCGGUCAUAUCUACAGGAAGUACGUCCCUUAUAAAGUUCCAUCUGGGACCAGCCUAGCAAGAAUUCGAAAUGUGGCAGCCAACUUAUGUGUGGAUAGCAAGCAUGGAGCCACAGGGAUGGAGCUGAGGCUGGACAUCUGUGUCAAGGAUGGUUCUGAAAGGACAUGGUCUCAUGAACAGCUCUUUACUUUCGGGUGGAGAGAAGAUAUUCGGCCCGGUGAGCCUCUGCACACCCGAAAAUUCUGCCUGGAUGCCAUCUCACACAGCAGCCCUGUCACCCUCUACGACUGUCAUGGCAUGAAAGGGAACCAGCUCUGGGGAUACCGGGAGGACCGAACACUAUUUCAUCCUGUGAGCAACAGCUGUAUGGACUGCAACCCUGCAGAGAAGAAGAUUUUCAUGGCCAGAUGUGACCCUCUAUCUGAGACUCAGCAAUGGAUUUUUGAACAUAUCAACAUGACUGUUUUAGAAAAAAAUAGCCACUAUGCCAUCUCCUAGAAAGGAAAGAAGAGAGAUUACCUACAGGUUGCGAACUGUGUUGUUGCAGGCAUCUGGGUCAAAGGAGUCAGGAAUACCAUUUUCUAGAUCCAGGAAGCCUGGUUGAAAGAUGUGUAAACGCCAUGGUGACGUAGGCUGUCCGGGAGAAGGUCCUACAUCUGAAGAACUUGGCUGAGAACCUCACCAGCUGCUUCUGAGAACCGAGACUAGCAGUUCCCUUGCUGGCCAAGGGUAAAGAUUAUUUAGGGACUUUCACCUCGACUGCUGAGUUAAUCAAUCCUAGCAUUUCUCAGGUCAAACCCUGCAGUAGUGAGUAGCUAUGAAUGGAUCCUAUUAAUCGGGUGGGAGGGGGGUGGAAACAGAGCGCAUGACUGCUCUGGCAACCUAAGGCUACACCACAGGUCUAGAACUAGCCACACUUAAGGGGUGAGCUGUACUCUUUGGUGCCAUUCUCUGACUAAGAGUGGGUUAAGCAGGUUUAACCCUUUAAAGUGCUGCAGAUGAUUUUAGAGUGCUCAUACCAUUUUUCUCUUUUCUUUGGUCUUCUCUUUAAAUAAGGGAACAUGGUGUCUCGAAGGCUUACAUUACAUGCUCUCAUCUACAUUUACUCUUCUCAAUCCAAGGCCCAUAUUAUCUGUCAUGGUUCAUAAGAGCUCAUGGUCCACCAAUUAGCUGAAGUUCAAAUUCAGUGACCUUAGAUGAAUCCAGUUAAUAGCAAAAACAAACAAACAAAAACGAUGCUACCCAGUUACUCCAAAGAAAGAUAUCACAGAAGCAACAGAAUAUCACAAACACACACAGGCACAUACAGACACACACAAACACACACAGAGACACGCACAUGCACAUGAGUUAGGGGAGAAAUUUCCCUAGGGAAUCUAUUUUUACUUUUCUAUUAUUUUUAAAUAAAAACCUGAUGUUUGUCCAGUCAUAAUUUUUAUUAAAGAAGGCAAUGGAGUGGGUUCCAUGUGAUUUGUUUAGUCUAUUUUAAAUAAAUCUUCACUCCAAGUGAUGCAAAAAUGGCCUCAUUCACUUUAAUUCUCUUUAAUCUGGGAACUUUAAAAGUGGUGUUAUUUAAUUAUUAGUUUUGAAGCCCCCUCCCCUUUAUUGAAAAUAAUGGCCUCGCUUUUUAUUCAGAAGCUCAGAAAAUGAAAUACCAUUAAUAAAGCAUUUCUGAUGUCA